UUUCAUCUUUAGCUAUCAAUAGAAAAAACGAAAAAUUUGACAAAUGUAUACACUAGUCUUGAAGAAGUAUAUCAGUCCCAUGCAUCCUCUUAGCAAACAAGACCACCUUCAUAAACGUAGACAUUACGUACAAGCAAAAAAAAGAGAAAAAAAAAUACACAAGACUCUUUAUUCGAUUCUUAAAACAAUUCUCAACAUGCCGGAGACUUCUCACCGUUUGAAACCUCUCGUUGUCGCUAUCUUCAUCGCGAUCGCGUUUCCGAUGAUGAUCAACGCAUUGGAUUCUCCAGCCGCAAGAAAACUCGAUGAGGAACCAAUAAAGUGCACGCCAUGUCUCCAAAAGCCUCCCCCUCCUCCGUCACCUCCACCACCGUCUCCUUCUUGUCCUCCUCCACCACGGCCCCCUUCUCCCCCGAAGAAGUCUUACUGUCCGCCUCCUCCGUCGACUUACAUAUACAUGACGGGUCCACCAGGAGAGUUGUAUCCCGUUGACCAACAGUUUGGAGAGGCUGCUGCAAUGAGCUUAGGGGUCGUGAAGAUCUCUGGUCUGAUCGCGUUUGGAGUUAUGGGGUUCUUGAUGAUCAUGAUGUGAUGGAUUUUCCAUUAUUUGAUCGUCUCGUAGAUUCGUUUUGCUUGAACGGAUCGGUAUAAUGUUCCUGAUAACUCAUAGUUAUUUUCGGUGAAAUUAACGAUUUGGAUUAUGUUUUUAUCUCAAGUUAGGACCGAUUUAUCAUUUUUCGUUGUAUCAACAAUUCUAAUGAAUAUGCUUAUUCAAUUAUUUUUUGUUCGCAGAGGUAUUUAUUCUAGAAGUAUGUGAUGAUAUAUCCUUGAACUGGAA